CCCAGCGCGUUCAGGCAUUCGCUGCCGUCGAAGGUCAUCGAGUGCACCGCCGGUUCUGCAGCAUUACAGCGACAGGGCGACGCUCCGGCCCCUGCAGUUAUGUGUUAGAGACCAGAAUAAAACAUCUCCGCUCUGAAGGUGGGCGCUAAGCAGAGGACCAGCGGACGAAAGAAGUGUGCUGUUGCAAUCCUUCACUAAUCCUCCUGCAGGUGUACUGGGGCCAUGUUUUCAUAGAGCCCCGAUUCCCUUAGUGCAAGAGAUGGCCAACCUCAGCAUGCCAUCGUGCCUGCAGCGAGACGCUGGACUCUCCAGCUCUGCUGAUGCCAAGAGAGCAGAGCCCAGGGCCAACGAGAAGAAAUGCUCAUGGGCAUCUUACAUGACUAACUCCCCAACUUUGAUCGUCAUGAUUGGCCUACCUGCAAGAGGCAAGACCUACAUGUCAAAGAAGCUGACGCGCUAUCUCAACUGGAUAGGAGUUCCAACAAAAGUAUUUAACUUGGGGGUCUACAGGAGAGAGGCCGUCAAAUCGUACAAGUCUUAUGACUUUUUUAGACAUGACAACGAAGAGGCCAUGAAAAUAAGGAAGCACUGUGCCUUGGUAGCCCUGCAAGAUGUGAAGAUCUAUUUGAAUGAAGAGGGAGGACAAAUUGCAGUAUUUGAUGCUACAAACACAACCAGGGAGAGACGUGAUCUCAUCUUGAAUUUUGUAAAAGAGAAUGCCUAUAAGGUGUUUUUUGUGGAGUCUGUUUGUGAUGACCCAGACGUUAUUGCUGCUAACAUUUUGGAAGUGAAGGUGUCAAGCCCGGAUUACCCAGAAGCUCACAGAGAAAGGGUCAUGGAUGACUUCUUGAAACGCAUUGAGUGCUACAAAGUCACCUACCAGCCACUGGACCCAGAAGGCUACGACAAAGACCUGUCCUUCAUUCAGGUGAUGAAUGUGGGCCGUCGUUUCUUAGUGAACCGCGUGCAGGACUACAUCCAGAGCAAGAUCGUCUACUACCUCAUGAACAUUCACGUGCACUCGCACUCCAUCUACCUGUGCCGACAUGGAGAGAGCGAUCACAACAUGCAGGGCCGCAUCGGGGGCGACUCAGAGCUCUCUCCCCGGGGAAAACAGUUUGCAGCAGCUUUGCGUGGGUUUAUUGAGGAACAUGGCCUGUCAGACCUGAAGGUGUGGACCAGCCAGCUAAGGAGAACCAUCCAGACGGCAGAGGCUCUGGGAGUGCCCUAUGAACAGUGGAAGAUCCUGAAUGAGAUUGAUGCUGGCGUUUGUGAGGAGAUGACCUAUGAGAUGAUUCAGAGCACAUUUCCUGAAGAAUUUGCUCUGAGGGACCAGGACAAGUACCAUUACAGAUAUCCCGGAGGAGAGUCCUAUCAGGACCUGGUCCAACGUCUGGAGCCGGUCAUUAUGGAGCUGGAGAGACAGGGCAACGUGCUGGUCGUCUGCCACCAGGCUGUCAUGAGAUGUCUCCUGGCUUAUUUUCUGGACAAGAGUGCAGAUGAUCUCCCCUACUUAAAGUGUCCACUCCACACUGUUCUGAAGCUCACUCCUGUUGCCUAUGGUUGUAAAGUGGAGCUGUUUUACCUGAAUGUGGAGGCAGUGAACACACACCGUGACAGACCACUUGGUAAAGCUCGGACGGGCCCGGCCCCUCUGCUGCUGCGGAGGAAUAGUUACACUCCUCUGUCCAGUCACGACCAGGUCAAACGCCCGCGUCUGUACAGCGCAGGGAACCGGCCUUGGCUUCCUUUGGCGCCUUCCCCCUCCGCCUUGCACUUUCCCAACACACCUGAGGGGGUGCUGCUGCAAAGCCAACCCCGGGUAGCAGGCGGUUGUCUAAGUUCAUUUGGAAUCCUUGUGUGAAGGAAUCGACUUUGACAGCUCAGAAGAAGCUGCUGACUGCUUCCGCUUCUGAAUAGCAAAGAAGGGCUAAGGAGCCUACAUGUCGCACAACUCUAACUACCAGUCUUUAUAGCUCUUCCCUCUCCACUGAUGACCAGACUGCAUUUCCCAUCAUCCCCCUGCACACAAAGUUUACCAGCGCAGCACAUUUGCAUGUGCCCUUUAAGGAGUUAAAUAUGUAUUCAGUCGCAGAUACAAUAAUAAGCCAGGCUUUAAUGACAAGUGUGGGAUGCCUUAAUGUAAAAGACUGCACAUGAGCGAUGCCCUAAACUGAUUCCCGUGGCUGAAUGUAUUGUUUUUAGUAUAUGUAAACAGGUCAAAGGCCACAUUGAAUCCUAGUAUUUCUUGUCUUGAGUAUUUCAGGUUAUGUUUCCUCUUCGCAAGGUUACAAGUAAGGUAAAUAUUAGUUCAGACUGAAAUAUUAGGGUGAUAGUAAGCUUCUAUGGAUUUGUGAACUGGUAUGAACUGGUAAAUCUGAACAUAAAACAUUAUCAUAUAUAAAAUAACAAUCAUCUAAAAAUGCCAUAGCCAUCCGUGAUUGGGGUUAGCAGAAGUUAUAAAGAAGUUUGAAAGAUGUCUUGCCAACUUGGUACAGACGUAUGCAAAACUUUAAGUACUCCUGGUCAAAUGACAUCUUUUGCUAAUGUAAAAUGAAAUGAAAAGAAAAUAAGUUGACACCUCCUGUACAGAGAACAUACUCAAAUAUGUCAAUUUCUAUUAUUUGCUGACUUCAACAUGUUGAACAAAAUAAAUCAAUACAAAAUGUGCCAUAACUUUUAUUUUUCUUUCCCUGAUCUGUUAAAUUUAGCAAAUAAACAGUAACUGUGCAUUACAAUAUGCAGAUGUGUGUUCUCUGUAGAGUGUGUGUACUUAUUUUGUACUUUAAUACAUGUAAAUUUUACACACUGUGGCACCUUAGCGGGCCAGGAAUACAUUGAAGAAAAAAACUUUACAGCUAAUUUACAGCCAAAACAAUAUUACAAAUGCAUGGGAGCUGUGCCCAGUAUGCCUGUUUUUUUAUAUUAUUUCCCACUUUGUGAGUUUAAAAGAAUUUACAAUUCUGUUCAUAAUUCAAAAUUAACAAUCAUAUCGGUCAGUAUAGCACUCUUUAACUGAAACUUCUGGAAACACUUUAGUGUUUGACCAUGUAAAAUUAUAUAUACAUUUAUUGGAUCAGUAACUGGAAUGUAUCAGUAUCAGUGACAAAAUCUUCAUAUCAUUUAGGCUUGAGCAUACAGUCGUAUGCAAAAGUUUGUAGUUUGCCACUGGCCUCAAAGUUUGUCGUUGCCCUCCAGUGAAAUCACAUGUUUUGCUGAUUUUCUAAGUGAAACACAUGCUCUAAAGAGAACAGUCCUAAAGGGGACCUUUUCUAGUUUUUACCUUUCCUUUAGUGUGUUACUAAGCUUUUUGUUCAUGUAAACGUUCUGCAAAAUGUCAAAGCCCAAAGUACACGCCAGAGGAAACGCCUUUUUAGGAUUCCAGCCCUUUGUCUUUGUUACAAGAUGACGUGAUCUCGUAACACAAUUUUUAUUGCACAGCUACUGACAAGCUUGGCACGCCCUCACACAAGAGCUACAAAGUAAAAACUUACCACUCUGAGCGUCCUGCUCCAGUCUAACUUGCGAAGGUGGAUCGGGUACCAACUAGGCUACCAAAUAACAACAGUUCUACCUGACUUUCGGGAUCGGACUCUGGCUCAAAGUGAUACAGCAGAGCCGACAACAUUCUAAGAAUAGCCGUUAUAGAAGUGAAUCUUGUAGAAGGACGGCACUCUGGCAGUUUACCAGUCUGAAUAGAGUGGGCAAGCUUACCAAUCAGAGCACACUGGGCUUAUCGGGAAGCAGUUUUUAAUAACACAGGAGCUCUAACAGAGUGUUUCAGACAAAGAUGUACAGUAUAAGAAAAACAAUGUUUUCAGGACAUUGAAGUAUGUAAAUAUACUCUAGUAGACCCCAGAAAUAAAAUUAUAAACUUUGAAAAUGAGCAAAAUAGGUACCCUUUUUUCCAUUUUUCUGCAUAUUAUAGUCCACAAUAUCUGUUUAAAGCUGCACUAUGCAAGAUAUCUUUGUUAAAAUUGGAAGGAGUAGCAUUACUGGGUCAGGAGGGGGGAAGAAACGCUAAAAUAUGGUGUAUGUGUGCUGCUGUGAGUCACUGUGCAAAGCCUGAAAUAUUAUUUUAAAAGUCAGAAGCGCAGGAUUGGAUUUCAUGUCAGUUUUUGGACCACAUCACACCUCUUUAUGUACUAAUGUUACAUGGACAGGCUCAAAGAGAAAAUCUGGCUCAGUGUUUCAAAUGCAAGACCAACAUUAUACUGAUGCAAAUAUGAUGAUAAUAGUAGAUAAUUUACUUGCAUCAUUAGACGCAUCCUUCCAAGUUCUCUGUGCAAUUACCCAUUCCACCAGACAGGUGUCCAAAUCCCCAGAAUUUACACAGAGUAGCUUUAACAUAUUGGAUAAAAAAAUGAAGCAUAAAAUAUAAAAUGGGGCUCAUUUUUAUGUGUAUUUCAAUGUGUUGCAUUCAACAAAUACACAGUAACUGCAUUAAAUGUUUGUUCUCUUUCGAGGAUAUGUACUUAUUUUCACUUAUGAAGUGAGCAAAACAUCAUUACAGUGGGGUGCACAAAUGUUUGCAGAUGACUGUAUAUGUAGAAUGUUAUAUUUAUUGCCACUUGAUAUCCAGUGGUCAAGAACAGACCUUUGACCAAAGAUACACUACAGUUGUACGUUGAAAUUAGUUAAAUGUCCUGGAAGCCACCGCUUGAAUGGAGACUUAAACACAUAGAGAUUUAUUUUGUAUAGUCCAAACGAGAAAACACGCACAGAUUGUUAUCUAAAGGAGUGUUAAUGUAUACUGUAUAUUAUUACUUUAUCACAGAUAUGGAUGUUUUGUGUUUCUAAAGAUGUUUGCUGCACAUUUGGGUGAGAUGAUUUGAGAUUGUAUUGUAAGUUAUUUGAUUGGUGAAAUGUUUUCAGUAAGAGAUCAUGACGGUAAAGCUGUACGCACAUUACGCACAUCAUGUACAUUCACUGUUUUACAUACAAAUCUUUAAAUUGUGUAUAUUAAUUACAUAGAAUUUAGUCUGUUUUUAGCCUGUCUACUAUAAUCACUAGAACACUGCAAACUAUGAUUAAUCAUAUCUCUCUGAUUGAUGUAACUGGGCUGCAUGUGCAACUAUACAAAUAUUACCUCCUGAAUAUCUCAUUGAAUGGCUCUGUGCCUUUGGGGAGACACAGCUGUUGCAUUGUUCUGAUUAUACAAUAUCCAGGCUUUUAUUGUACAAAACAUAUUAAUGUGCCAUUAACUAACAUAGAGAAGCAUGCUUUGAUCAUGAAUGUUAUAUGAAAAUAUCAAAUGUAUGUAGAUGACUGCCAUUCAAAACUGCUUUGUUACUUAAAUGAUAAACCUUUUUUUUUUCAUUUUUCAUGCAUUUGCAUUAUGUGACACUGAUGCUCUCGUUACCUGUAAAUUAAACUGUCUAUGAAGUUGAAUUAA